AGUACGAAAAAAAAUAAAUAAAAGAAAAGGGGAAAACCCUUUUUCCUUCCACCUUCCUUGGUUCCUACAAAUAAAAUUCCAAGAUUUUCAUCAGCCUCCCUCACAUAUUCCAAAGUUUCUAUCCAAAACUUGAAUCCCUUUUCCACGAACUUCAUCCUUUGGUCUCCCUCCAGCCCAUGGAGAAUGAAAAAACCAUGGUGCUAGCCUCUCAAAGUGAGCUUCCAUUUAAUGAGAAUGACUCGCAAGAUAUGGUCAUAUACCAAAUGAUAAACGAAGCUACACCACCCAAUACUUCACAUACCCAGCAAAGAUUAAACCCAAUUAACACAUCAAACAUGUUCCAGCCGGCGAAGACCAUAGCCAAGAAGCACUACAGAGGAGUAAGGCGUCGUCCUUGGGGCAAAUACGCUGCUGAAAUUCGCGACUCGACGCGACAUGGUGCUCGCAUAUGGCUAGGCACGUUUGAGACAGCGGAAGAGGCUGCUUUGGCUUACGAUAGAGCGGCUUUUAGGAUGCGUGGUUCUAAGGCCCUGCUGAAUUUCCCAGCUGAAGUGGUGAUAGCUGCAACAACACCUCAAAAACUUAGGCCAAAUUCGAGUAGGAAUAGCUUGGAAACCAGAGGCAGCUCUAGCACGGGGACGAUUAAUGGGACAUCACAAUCAGAGUCGGAGAGCAGCACUACUGGGGAAUCCGGAGAUGUGGUGGGGUCUGAUUAUUUGCUCAGAAUCGGUCGAUAAGAUGGGCACAUUGAGUAGCAUCAAAAUUUUACCAUUUUGCUAUAUUGGGUUGCUUUAUUUGAUGUGAAUAUUCAGCAUAUUUUAGAGGUCAAGAUAGAGCCAGAACUAUUGGCCAGAAAAUGCGAGUUUUGGUACAAAAUUUAGUAUUGAAUUAAUAAAUAAAUUGUUUAAGUGUGCAA